AUGUUGGCUCCAAAAUACGGAAUCUCUGCAUGUGUGAUCUAUAAGAAUUUCUCAACGGUUUUCACAUCAAUUUUAUGCUUUCUUUACAAUAUGAUCGAUUAUCGGAAACAUGUAGAACAUAUGAUGGAUGAUUAUUAUGAAGUACGUCAUUGUCAAAGAUUCAACGAGUAUCGCUAUUAUUCGAUUCAUGACAAAAUACAGCCAAAAGGUGGCAAGAAAUGGACACAUUACAUGUUGAUUCGUGAGCCGAUGGAACGAUUUGUGUCUGGCUUCAUAAAUAAAUGCAUAAAUGAAAAGAGAAAAACAAUGUGUUAUGGAUGUGGAGAUGAUAUGCUGUGCUUAAUGAAAGCUGUUUAUCAGAAACUUCAACUUGUGAGCAAUGGAAAGAAAAACCCAGCUCGAGAUGUUGAGGAAUCACAUUUUAUGCCGCAAUCAUGGAGUUGUCAAUUGAAAGAGAACUUUAAUGACUAUCGAAUCUUCAAAUUCUCACCAUCGAGAACAAAGGAAAUGCUGUAUGAAAUUCUUGAUGAAUUUGAAGGGCAUGGUGUACCAAGAAAUGAAACUGAUUGGAUUAAAGAUCAGGUUUUAUCCGGAAAGAAGACUUUCCACGCCACUUAUGAAAAUCCGAAGCGAAAAGAACUUGUCGAUAAGAUCAAUAACUCAAAAGAUUUAAAGGAAUGGUUGAUUCAAUUGUAUUUUUAUGAUUACAUCCUCUUUCAAUAUCCUCUACCGACAUUU